AUGUCCUUACCGCUAUCCGGCCACCGUACCAUCCUCCUUCUCAUCCUCAUCGAGCUCCUAGUCCCGCUCCGGUGCGCGGGGGAGUCGGCGACGUGCCUUGCCGUGUACCGCGAGGGCGGCGCGCCCGCGGUGUACCAGUCCGCGCACUGCUCCCGCUGGACCAUCCUCUCCGACGGCGAGGGAGAUGGGGACAAGGGCUCCUCCCCCCCGCAGCCGAGGAGGUGCCAUGUGGCGGCUCACCGUGGCCGCCGCCGCUCCCAGGAGGACCGCGCCGUCUGCGCGCUCGGCAUCCGCAUCCCCUUCAUAGAGCAAAUGAGGAUUAAAGAGGUGGAUGUAGGAGUGAUGGCAAUAUUUGAUGGUCAUAAUGGAGAUGAGGCCAGUGAGAUGGCUUCUAAGCUCUUACUGGAGUACUUGUUGCUUCAUGUUUAUUUUCUUCUUGAUGGUAUAUACUCCAUCAUGUUCAGAAACUCAACUGGAAAGCUGACACAUAAGGAAGUUACUAUUCUUAACAGUGUUCUUAACCUGUACAAAGAGGAUCAGUCCAAUCACGGCCAGAGGUCAUGUUGGACAUCACCCACUAUUCUAGAUCGAUCUUUUCACAUGGAAAUUCUGAAGGAAUCAUUAUUGAGGGCAGUUCAGGAUAUUGACCUAACAUUCUCCAAGGAAGAAACAAUAAUCAGAAAGCUUCCAUUAUCAGGGAAACGGAGAAGAAAGAGAAACUCUAGCAAUCAUGAGGACUUUGCUUUGGCAAACUAUGGUGGACCACUUUACAAUGUAAAGGAGUUAACCAGGGACCAUCAUCCGGAUAGAGAGGAUGAGAGAAGGCGUGUAGAAGCUGCUGGUGGUUAUGUUCUUGAGUGGGCUGGUGUAUACCGUGUUAAUGGGUGCACUGAACAUUCCAUUUGGUCUACUAACUUGGGCCACAAGACAGCCUCUCAAAAUAGUGCACCAGUUCCAGGCAACGAGAUAAGAGCUGAUCAAUUGGAAUUUACUCAUAGAACCGCUGCACAAUUCUCUGAGGAUGGCUUGUGCGCCCAGAUGGUUAGGGACUGGGAAGGGGAGUGGAGAGCAAACGAGGAACACCGACUUGAAGUUGAGAUCUUGUGGAGCAAGGCACUGGGGCUUCAUGUUACAAGUGAGAUGCAGGGAUGGCCCAUCUGUCGCAUAGGAUGGGUAGGGAGAGACCAACCUGAGACAGAAGGGUAUGGUGUAAUAUCGACACCUGAACUGACAGGGUGGCAGCUUCUGUCAGCAAACGAUAGCUUUCUUAUUGCCUCCUCUGAUGGUGUCUUUGAGAAAAUGAGUAUGCAAGAUGUUUGCGACAUGAUGCUGUAUGCAAAAUAUGGUGUUAACCAGGAUUUUGAACCCCUUGCUGUCAUGCAACAGAAUUUGGCGGAUUUUAUAGUUCAUCUUGCUUUACAGAAAGGCACAACAGACAAUGUAGCAGCUGUGGUUGUUCCAUUGGGAUCUCCUAGUAGCUCUGGAGCUAGAAUAGAAGAUUGGCACCAUCUUGAAGAAAAUUCAGUGACAUCUGUUUUGCCUUUACAGACCAUUCCAUACCAACACAAGUCAGACGAUGGGGUUAGUUCAGCUGUUAUUGAAAUGGAGUAUUUCAAGCGCUCAUCGGCAAAGUUCCAGAGAUUCUUGGUUGAUGCAAAGCUUAAGAGACUCGGUUGUUUCUACUUAUCUGAGAGUCUUGAUGAAGACAUGGACUUUAUAUUUAGGGUACCCAAGGACUAUCAGCAUGAAGGAGUCCAUGACUUCAAUCACAUGGCAACUGAAAAUGUGUUAUCUUCUGAUGUUGUAAAAAUUUUCUACAUUGGGGUACAGGAAAUCUUGAAAAAUACAAGGACAGAAACUUUUGCUGGCACCUUGUCCAUCAAGAUGAUGAAAUGGGACGGUGUACUAGUCCUGAAGGGUGAUGACGAGUGCAAUACAUCUAUUACUUUUCCAAAUGAAGAACCACACGUGAUAACGAGUGCAAUACAUCUAUUACUUUUCCAAAUGAAGAACCACACGUACAAGCUGAAGAGAAGAUUUGAUCGCGGUUCAUAUGGUGAAGUCUGGUUGGCAUUUCGUUGGAACUGCUCUGAUGAUGUAGAUGUACAUAAAGAUCCUUCCCACUUUAGCACUAUACUUACACCAGACUCAUAUAAUUGCACAAGUUCAAACACAACAUCGUCAUCUGAUGAAAAUCAUGGCUCAGACAUGAUAGAUGGUGAUUUAUUCAUAUUGAAGCGCAUAAUGGUGGAAAGAGGAAAUGCUGCUUACUUGAGUGGAUUGCGGGAGAAGUAUUUUGGAGAAUUAUUUUCAAAUGCUUCAAAAACUCUUGAAGUUUUGUCAAGGAUGGAAUCAUCAUCUGCAACGUUUCCGAUGGACAUGCAAUUCAUUGAGUAUACCUUUCCAGAACAGAACAUCUCAGCUGUUGAAGAAUCACUGAAGCAUGUGGCUAGGUUUAUAGAAUCUUUUGAAUCAGAAUCAAGGGAAAUAUGGCUUGUGUACCGCAAUGAAGGCCGCUCAUUGUCAAAAUUGUUAUAUGCUGCUGAAGAAACAAAGUUAGUUACUGGUGAUGAUAAUGAGAGGGUCAGAUAUAUUCAAGUUCUGCAACCAUCAAAGUGGUGGUAUUGGUUAAGGACUACUAAAGCUGGGCAAACGCAAAUGCAAAACCUCUUAUGGCAACUGCUGAUGGGUCUGAAGGCAUGUCAUGAUCGUAACAUCACUCACAGGGAUAUUAAACCUGAGAACAUGAUCAUCUGCUUUGAGGAUUUGAAGACGGGAAAAUGUUUAAGAGAGAUUCCAUCUGAAGCAACGGAAAACAAGCUGAACAUGCGUCUUAUUGACUUCGGCAGUGCCAUUGAUGAUUUCACUUUGAAGCAUCUUUAUGGUUCAGGGCCUACUCGGUCUGAGCAGACUUUUGAAUACACUCCUCCAGAGGCACUCCUUAAUUCAAGCUGGUUUCAGGGAUCAAAAAGUGCAAGACUUAAAUAUGAUAUCUGGAGUGUUGGAGUUGUCAUGCUGGAGUUGAUAGUUGGUUCUCCACAUGUUUUCCAGAUAAGUGACCGUGCACGUAUUUUAAUGGAUCAACGCCUUGAAGGGUGGAGUGAGGAAACAAAGGAGCUUGCAUACAAGUUGAGGUCUUACAUGGAACUGUGCAUUUUAGUACCGGGGAUUUCUACGCAGCAGCAAGGCAGCAUUAAUUCCGAACGGGGCCACGGCGGGUUAGCUUCUUGGAAAUGCUCUGAAGAAUCAUUUGCCCGUCAAGUGAAAAUCCUAGACCCUCUUAAAAUGGGGUUGUUGCUACAUGAUGUGAAAAACCGUAGCAGUUAUGAAAUAUCUCCGUCAGGAAAGUUCAAUUACUAUGCAUGUAGAAAUGGAGUAGGAAUCUUGAUCAACAAGAGCCUCAAGUAUGGAGUGGUGGACGUCAAGAGGCAAGGAGAACAGAUUAUCCUUGUCAAGCUGAUAGUUGGGGACUUAGUUCUCAAUGUUAUCAGCAUGUAUGCCUCGCAAGUAGGCCACAAUGAGAGCACCAAAAGGGAGUUUUGGGAAGGCCACGAGAACAUGGUUAGUAGUGUACCUAUUAGCAAGAAGUAUGUGGUGGGGGACCUCAAUGUCCAUGUGGGUACAUCUAACAUAUGUUUUGAAGGGGUGCAUGAGGGCUUUGGCUAUGACAUCAGGAAUCAAGGAGAUGUCUUAAGAUUUACUCUAGCCUACGACAUUAUGCGGGAUAAGCACGCCAAAGUCGCUAUAACAAAGUGGUGGAAUCUCAAGGGGGAAGCAACUCAAGCUUUUAAGGAGAGGAUUAUUAAGGAGUACCCUUGGGAGGAAGAAGGUGAUGCAAACAAUAUGUGGAUGAAGAUGGCGAAUUGCAUUCGUAAGGUGGCUUCAGAGGAGUUUGGGGUGACCAGACGAAGUAGAUGCAAAGCUAAAGAUACCUGGUGGUGGAACAAUGAUGUCCAAAAGACUGUUAAGGAGAAGAAAAUCUGUUUCAGAUGCCUACACCUGGAUAGGAGUGCAGACAACAUAGAGAAGUACAAUGUGGCAAAGAAGGCCGUGAAGCAAGCUGCGAGUGAAGAAAUGGGUCAGGCAUAUGAGAACCUCUACCAGCGCUUAGACACGAAGGAAGGAAGGGACAUCUAUAAGAUGUCAUUGUCCCAGACACGGAACCGUCGCGUCCAAAUCGAACACCGCGUGAAGGAGGAGCCAUCGUCCCCGCCGCAAAACCUCGAUGUCUACAUCGAAUGA